CCAUUGGCCUUCUCUGGACCGCCGCGAAACCCAACUCGACUCAUCCAGACCCAGACCUAGCCCCCCCGGGUGAUUGAUUCCCUACUGUUUCAACCACAGUCAUGGAGUCUUUCAUUGUCAAGACGCCGUGCUCCAGCGCCAACAUCGGCCCGGGCUUCGAUGUCAUCGGCCUCGCCCUCUCCGUCUACCUCGAGCUGCACGUCACCAUCGACCGCUCCAAGCCCAAGUCGGACCACCCGCUGAACUGCCGCCUCACUUACGAGGGCCAGGGCGAGGGCACCCCCGAGAUCAGCCUCGAUCCCCAGGUCAACCUCAUCACGCGCGUCGCGCUGUACGUCCUCCGCUGUCACGGCCAGCGUGAUUUUCCCGUCGAGACCCAUGUCCACAUCAAGAACCCCAUCCCCCUCGGCCGCGGCCUCGGCAGCUCGGGUGCUGCCGUCGUAGCUGGUGUCGUCCUGGGAAAGGAGGUCGGUGGCCUCAAGGAGCUCGAUGUCGAUCGACUCUUCGACUAUUGCCUCAUGAUUGAGAGACAUCCUGACAAUGUCGGAGCUGCUCUGUAUGGUGGGUUUGUCGGAACCUACCUCAAGCCCUUGACCCCCGAGGACGUCGCGAGGACAGAAAUCCCCCUCAGCGAGGUCCUUCCUGCGCCAGCCGGUGGUGAGGACACUGGCAAGACGCCCCCGGACCCUCCUCAUGGAAUCGGUCACCACAUCAAGUUCCCCUGGGCCAAGGAGAUCAAGGCCGUGGCCAUCAUCCCCGACUUCCAGGUCGCCACCCACAAGGCCCGUGGAGUUCUCCCCGAGAAGUACCCUCGAGCUGAUGUGACAUUCAACUUGCAGCGAAUUGCUCUGCUGCCCGUUGCCUUGGGACAGUCCCCUCCUGACCCAGAACUCAUCCACCUGGCUAUGCAGGACAAGAUUCACCAGCCGUACCGACAGGUGCUCAUUCCCGGUCUCACCGAGAUCGUCGAGUCUAUGUCGCCCAAGACUGAGCCCGGUUUCCUAGGCGUCUGCCUGUCUGGCGCUGGCCCGACCAUUCUGGCCCUCGCCACUCACAAUUUUGAGGAGAUCGCUAGCAAGAUCAUUGCCAAGCUGAGGGAGCACAACGAGAAUAAGAACCUGGAUUGCCAGUGGAAGGUUCUGGAGCCCGCUGAGGGUACCCAGGUCAUCCGAUGAACCAUGAGUUCACGACGAUCCGAGGGCCAUAUCUUGACCGGGUACCGGGUAUUUAAAUGCCGGUCCUAAGUCGGAGUUGACCAGUUGCAGCAACACGUAGAAUCCCGCAUGACCGGCAGGAGUCACCAUGUAGGGAACCACAAGACGGGUAUAGGAAUCGGAUAUAAAGGUUUGAAUAAACAGCUCGGGG